CGCAGCAUCAAUCCGGACAAGAUUUCUAACCAGAAUGCACCGCUUUAAGACAGAUUUCGAUCGAUCUGCGCAGCGCUGCAUGAAGUCGAACGCACCUAUUGUUUCAGUUGAACGUCGAGUGAAAAUUGAAGCAAACAUCCUGUAUCAUGGAUUGUUACGGAGAACCCAUUAAGGAUCAGAAUGGAGAGACCAUGGCUAGAGCAGAACUACUAAAAUAUGCCUGUGAUCUCACUCUUGAUCCGAACACGGCACAUGAAAUGCUGUCAGUUGCAAACGGCAACAAAACAUUGGUGUGUAACCCAGAGCCGAUGAUUUAUCCUGAUCACCCAGACAGAUUUACCGGCCUCCCGCAGAUUCUGUGUAAAGAGCGUCUGUCCGGACGCUGCUACUGGGAGGCCGAGUGGAAAGGACUGGGUGACAUGGUGGUGUCUUAUGGAGGAAUCGGCAGGAAAGGAGAAAGUCUUGAUUGUCGUUUCGGAGCCAAUGACAAAUCCUGGAUCAUGAGCUGCUUUAUUGGAGAGAAGCUGAUUGCCUGGCAUGAUAACAUGGGGGUUUAUAUUACUCUCCCAACAACUCCCUAUAACAGAAUAGCUAUGUAUCUAGACGAGCCUGCCGGCAUUUUGAGCUUCUUCAGCGUCCCUGAUGAAAACACACUCAAUCACUUGUACACAUUCAACACCAAAUUUACUGAACCCCUCUAUGCUGGGUUUGUGCUUUAUACAGAGUCAGUGACUCUGUGCGAUCUUAAAUAACUCCUGCACACAAUAUAUACAGUAGCAAGUAUUUAGACUGUUGACACCCAGUCCAAAUACCUAGCCACUCUUGUCAAUGUCAUUUAGACUGAAUUGCUCUUUAACUUUGAAUAUUAAAGGCUGCUCUUGUUAAAAUACAAUUAUUUAAGUAAUACCUUACAUAAAUAAAAACUGGUAUUGCAAAACAUG